CAAACUAUUAUUUGAAUUUACAGCAUUCGAAUAAAAAUCUGAUAUUUACCUUCAAACGUCGGGAAGCAUAGUAAUUAUAAUUCUUCCGACGUAUUAAUAAUGUGAAACCAAGGCGGAGAAAACCAGUUUUAAAUAAUUAUUCGAAUGCUUCAAUCAUAUCUCAGACUCCGUAAAGAUCUAACUGUAUCAUGUCAACAAUUGUCUUGUUAUUGAUGUUAUUGGUGUACCAAGUGAUGUGUGUUCCUCCCAGAUGUCAAGAGGUGAACGUAGAAACUGACGAAGUCUCUGGACAGUGUUGUUUGUUUUUCAAAAAUAAUAUUGAAAGUAGCAGGAGGACGGAAGUUAUCCAGCGGUUUUUGAAAAGUGUAAAUACAGAUCCAACUCCAAGAAGACAACCCAGCACCGUCCAUAAAAUAGUCUAUCCCGACGAUGAAAUCAGGCAGAGGAAACCAGUCCAAACCAAAAAUAAAGGCAAUUCAGACCAAGAUAUUGCUACUAGGAGACUUCCUCCUGUAGAACCUACUGCUUCAAAAAAUAUCAGUCUAGGAAUGAGGGUAAAUGUGGAUGUUCCAGAUACGUGUACUAAAGGAUAUAAGAAAGACGCCAAUGGAGAAUGCAUGGAAGUUUUCGAUGAUUAGUAACUGAAAUAGUGGAGUCACUGAAGGUGGAUAUGAGCUAUUACCUCCGAGUUCGUUGAACCUCCAUCGAUUUGCAUGAAAAUUGGUGAGUGGUUAGAGGAUAUCUCAAGGAACAAAGGUGACAUGGUGCCAACUUGCGCUUUUAUCCUGGGGGUCGAUGCCACCCCUUCUCGGGGGUGAAAAUUAUUUAAUUAAAAAUAACCCCAUAAUUAGAUAGAGGCACAAAUUUCAAGCAAAAUUUGUUAUAUAAAGUUAUUAAAAUAAAUCAAAACUAUUUAAGGUAUUAAAGAUCAAACAUUUUAAUUUUUCUUGAGAAAAUAGCAUGUUUUUAACCAAUUUUUCAACAAUAACUCAAAAAGUGUAAGUUUUUACAAAAAAGUUAUUAUUAUCAAAAUUGAAGCUAAUAAAAAACUAAAUAAACUUCCUAGUAAAAAAACCUUUUAUUGUUAAAUAAAAGUGAGUUAUAGGUAAUUGAAUGUAUAUUGUUUUCGGCGAGUAAAUAACUCUAAGUAUUCAAGCUGAAAUAACGAGACAUUGAUGCAUUUUAUAACAUAAUCUUAUUAAAGAUUUGCAAAGUACUUAAAAAUAUCUAUCAAAUGAGCCCCCGAAUAUGUUGAUAGCGUUAAAAUUUAUGCUCCAAAUUUUUUUCAAAAUUUAUCUGUUAAAAAUUUUUCCAAAAAAUGUUAUUGUUUUUUUUACUAACUCCGUUCGUGUUUACUAUAUCAGGUUCAUCUAAAAACUGUUUGAAAGUAAAUUCCAAGUGUUAUUUAAGCACGUUAAACUUAAUCUUUUAAACCCCUUACUUUUUUUUAAUAAAAGGUUAAAUGGCCCCGGUUGCAUGGUUCCCACAGCAAAAUUUAAGAUUUAAACGUUUCUAUCUCGGUUAUUUUUUAGCCUAUAGAAAUAAUAAAACAAGUAAAAUAUUUGGCACAGAAAAAACUAAAAUUUGGUUAUAUAUAAUUUUUUACGUAUAUUGAGUAUUUUUGGAGUAUUAUCAAAAGAAUAUGAAAAUUACAAUAAUUUUAAAAUUAGGAUUUUUUUAAAUUAUAUCUUUUUUCAAAAAUACGCAUUCUAAACCGGUCAAAAUUAUCUAAAACAUUUACUUAUGCUAAUAUAAAGAAAAUUUUCUAAGGAUUACUAUAAAUUUUAAUUUUUGUGGAAAUGGCGUAUGUUUUAUUUUCCACUUUUUCCUAAAAAAUUCGAAAAGGUUCUUUUAUUUUCAUUAUAACUUACUUAAUAUUGACGCUAUUACCUUGUUCUGAAGCUCAUUGGAUAGGUAUUUCGAAGUACUUUGACAAAUGUUUAGCGGGAAUAUUUUAUAGAUUGCAUCGUUUUCCCGUUAUUUAAGCUUAAAUACUUAGAUUUGAGUACUCGUCGAAAAAAAUACACAUUCAAUUGCCAAUAACUUACUUUGAACUAACAUUAGUUUAGUUCUUUAUAUGAGGAAUAUAUUUAGCUUUCUAUUAUCUUUAAUUUCAGUAAUAACAACUUUUUUGUAAAAGAUUACAGUUUUUGAUUUAUACGUGAAAAAACGAUUUAAAACAUGCAUUUUUUAAGAAAAAAUAAAAUUUUUGGUCUUUAAUAACUCAAAAAGUGUUGAUUUAUUUUAAUAACUUUAUAUAACAAAUUUUGCUUAUAAUUUUUCCCUCUAUCGACCUAAGGUAUUAUUUUUAAUAAAAUAAUUUUCACCCUCGAGAAGGGGUGGCAUCCACCCCCAGGGUAAAAGCGCAAGUAGGCAUCAUGUCACCUUUGUUCCUUGAGGUAUCCUCUAAUUACUCACCAAUUUUCAUGAAAAUCUAUGGAGGUACAACGAAAUCGGAGGUGAAAACCUCAGUGACUGCACUAAAAAGACUCUUAUUAAUUUUAAUAAUAAAAUAUUUUUUAUUAAGUAAUAAAUAUUUAUAUUUUAUUUCUGUAGAAAUAUACAAAAAUACAUAAAUCGUUUGUAACUUA